AUGGGCAAAUCAAUCCUCCUCAUCAACGGCCCCAACCUCAACCUCCUGGGCACCCGCGAACCCCACAUCUACGGCUACACCACCCUAGCAGACGUGGAGACCAACAGCCGCGACGUCGCCGCCAGCCACGGCGCAAGUCUAGAAUCCUUCCAAUCCAACCAUGAAGGGGCUAUCGUGGACAGAAUCCAGGAAGCCCGGGGCAAGGUUGACGGUAUCAUCAUCAACCCCGGCGCAUACACCCAUACCUCCGUGGCUAUCCGGGAUGCCUUGGUUGGCGUCGCAAUCCCCUUUAUCGAGCUGCAUGUGAGCAAUGUCCAUGCCCGGGAGGCUUUCAGACAUCAUUCCUACUUUAGUGAUAAGGCGGCGGGGAUUAUUGUUGGUUUGGGGGUUUAUGGAUAUAAGGUGGCUGUGGAGCAUGUGUGUGUGAAUUUCGAGGAGAAGGAGAAGGCCAAUCUUUAA